UAAACAACACAUCAAAGAAAAACACACAUCAAAACAAUAUUAUCAAACACAAAGUUUUGAAGUAAGAGAUGAGGAACAUUACUUCUAAAACAAGCAACAUGUUAAUGUUUGUCGCCAUACUUUUAGCGGUGAUUGCGUAUCACGAGGGAGAAGCUAUAUCAUGUUCGCAGGUAAACAUGUUCUUAGCACCAUGUUUGUCUUAUCUAAGAUCUGGAGGAAACCCCUCUCAACAGUGUUGUGGCGGGCUUAGCAGUCUAAAAGCCGCUGCGCCUGGGAAGGCAGAUAGGCAAACAGCUUGUCAAUGCUUGAAGAGUGUGUCUAACACAAUCCCUGGAAUCAACGAUGACAAUUCCAAACAGCUACCUUCUAAAUGUAAUGUUGAUCUGGGUGUCCCUUUCUCUAAGAGCGUGGACUGUAACAGCAUAAACUGAAAAGAGGACUAUGUAUCAACGGCCAUGGCAGCUAUAAUAAUAAGUGGAUGUCCUUAAAGAGCAAACGCAUUAUGAACAAAACAAUGGAUGAUUCUGAUAUUAAUCUCCUGAUCUUAUACUUUAUACAUGUAAUCAUAUAGUUCUUGGCAAAUAAAGUGUGAAAAUUCCCACA